ACUGUACUAUAGCGUGUAUAAAUACAUGCCUUUCGCUGGUUCACAUAGGUUUCUUCCAUCGCCUAAACCCUAAUAUAUCUUUAGGGUUUUUCAUAUCGCAGCUCCUCUCCCCGCUCUCCCCUUCUCAUCUUCCAUCACAAUGGGCAAAUCCUCUAAGAAAUCAAAUCUUAAGGUUGAUGCCACUGCAGCUGUAGUUACUCCGACUAAGCCGAUGCAAAAAGGUAAGAGAGAAGCGGAAGCUGCGGUUGGAAAGGCCAGCGCAAAAAAGCAGAAAAAGGAUUCAGCUUUAGAACAAGCUAUAGAGAAGAAAAAGGCCGAUGCCAAGGUUCAGAAGAAGAAGGUGGAAAGCAGUUCCUCGUCUGAUGAAGAUUCUUCUGAUUCUGAGGAAGAAUUGAAGAAGCCAGCUCUUAAAACUGUAGCUGCACCUAAGAAACCAGUGGCUGCCAAAAAUGGGAAGCUUUCAAGCAGUUCGGAUGAGAGUUCUUCUGAUGAAGAUGAAGUCCCAAAGAAAAAGCAACCUGCUAAUGCUAAAAAAGUUGAGUCCAGCUCUGAUGAUAGUAGCUCAGAUGAGGAGAUUCCUACUGCUAAGAAGGGUACUGCUGCUGCCAAGAAGGGUACUGCUCCCAAAGGAAAGAGUGCACCUGUUACAACCAUUAAGAAGGAAGCUAGUUCUAGCUCUGAUGAUAGUAGCUCAGAUGAGGAGAUGCCAGCUGCCAAGAAGGGUCCUGCUCCGAAAGGAAAGAGUGCACCUGCUGCAUCCAUUAAGAAGAAGGAUAGUUCUAGUGAUUCCAGUUCUGAUGAGGAGAUGCCUGAUGCCAAGAAGGGUCCUGCUCCCAAAGGAAAGAGUGCACCAAAGAAAGAUAGCUCUAGUGAGGAUGAUAGUAGCUCAGAUGAGGAUGCCCCUGUUGCUAAAAAAGUGCCUGCUAAGAAUGGUGCAGUAAAACCGAAGCAAGAUGAAUCCAGCUCAGAAGAGGAUAGUAGUUCGGAUGAGGAUGAAAAGGUUGUGAAGAAGGCAACUCCUAGUUCAUCUGCCCCCACCAAAAAAGUUGAAAGCAGUUCAGAUGAUGAUGACAGUUCUGAUGAAAGUGAAGAUGAGGAGCCACAAAAGAAAAAUACCAAGGCUUCAGCUACUGGAACUACUGUCAAACAAAGUGCUAAAGCCUCUAAAGAUGAGACCAGUUCUGAAGAUGAAAGUUCUGAUGAUGAGCCAUCUAAAGCUGAGGCUGUUAAGAAGUCUUCUACUGGGAAGAAGGAGAGCAGUUCUGAUGAUUCCUCAUCAGAGGAGUCUAGUGAUGAAGAAGAGGAUGUGCCUGCAAAGACUCCAAAGAAGGGUGCGGAUGUGAAAAUGGUUGAUGCAUUUGGCACAGAUGGCAAAAAGAAAUUUGAGAAGACCCCAGUCACUCCUAAGGCUGAAUCCCAAGGAUCCAAAAGUCUUUUUAUGGGAAAUUUGUCAUGGUCAAUUGAACAGGCUGAUGUAGAGAAUUUCUUCAAAGAUUGUGGAGAGGUAAAGGAUGUUCGUUUUGCUUCACAUCCAGAUGGGACUUUCAAGGGCUAUGGGCAUGUUGAAUUUACUACUUCUGAGGCAGCUGCAAAGGCUCUUGAACUUAAUGGUCAAGAUUUGUUGGGCCGAGAUGUGAAGCUUGACCUUGCUAAAGAGAGGGGAGCUUAUACUCCAAAUAGUGGGGCAUUUGAUAACUCCUCACAGAGGCAGAGCAGGGGUGGAGGUGAAAGUACAACUGUGUUUGUUAGGGGUUUUGACAAGAAUGAUACUGAAGACAAUAUCAGGAGUGCUCUUGAGGGUCAUUUUGGUUCUUGUGGAGAGAUUAAAGGUACCAGAAUCCCAACAGACCCGGAAGGGUACAUUAAAGGGAUGGCUUAUAUUGAGUUCGCGGACAAUGAUGCAAUGAGCAAGGCUCUUGAGCUCAACAACUCCCAACUUGGGCACAGCAGCUUGUAUGUUGAUGAAGCUAAGCCAAGAAAUGAUAGUCGUGGUGAGAGUGGAGGCAGAGGUGGCAGGUUUGGUGGUGGUAGGAGCGGUGGUAGGGACAGCGGUGGCAGGUUUGGAGGAAGGGGAGGUGGUAGACGUGGUGGUGGUGGUGGUAGGUUUGGAAGUGGUGGUGGUGGCAGGUUUGGAGGCAGUGGCAGAGGAGGUGGCCGAACUCCUGGCAAGCCAAGCAUGACUUUUUCUUCUGGUAAGAAGACAACUUUUGAUGAUUGAGGAGUAGGCUGUGAAGCUCGGCAUCAGGCAGCAGCCAGAAUGUUUGCCAUUUUUGUUUAUUUUAAGACUGAGUUCUAGUUUAUUUCUGAACAUGUGACCUAUGAUAGUUUGUAUUUUGUUUAUCCAUGUGGGGAUCUAUUUUGUCGACAAUAGUUUGUUUGUUUGUUUACCUACAUUAUUUAUUUAUCCUCUACCGGCACCAACUCAUAUAAAGUUGCCAAAUUCUGUCUUUUACAUUUUAUCUAUAAAAUCCCCUCCUACAGGCAUUAGUGUUCA